AUGGCCCUUGGUCUCUGCUUUAUCUGGAUUGAGAUACGAACCUUUUUCGGUGAGAGUCCCCAAGAUAAUGGUGCGGGUGCGGAUAACGUCUUGUAUAUCAACUUUGCCAACGCCAACGAAACACACAAGGGUGUUUCGAAACACGAGUCUGAGAGGGAGAUCAGCAUAACUGCUUUACAAGAAAUGUUGAAGAUAUUUUCCAAGGCGAUAGAAUGGAACAAAGUAUUAGAGGGUAUUGCGAAUGAGAUGGAAGUGGCAAUUGGAAAGAAAGGUGGAAAGAAAAUUGUCAUUCAUCUGUGA